AUGGGCAACGUAUUUUUUCAGGUGACCGACCGGCUUCCUGGUACGGAGGUUAGGCAAAUGGAAGAUUUCCUAGACCCUCCUGGGGAGAAUAUCGAUGUUGGAGAGCCUGAUUUAUCUGACCUUACUGUGAGUUUUUCUGAAGAACGCGAAGGGGUCGACGACAGUGAGUUGGAUAGCGAGGAGCAGGACGAAUACAUCCAUGAACCACCUCUGGAUACUCUGUCGCGCGUGGAAGCUAAUGAGUGCAUGCACAGAGUCCUUCAAUUUGCUCAGCAUCAAGAGGGCAUUACCGAGAGAGAAUUACGCGAGAUAGAGAGGAUGGGGCAUUUAUUUCCCCGGAUUGCAGAUCAAUGGAAGGAAACAAAGAAAGGUGGAUGA